AGGAUGUGGAAGAGGAGGAGGUAGAAGACGAGGAGGAGGAAGAGGAGGAGGAGGAGCCAAUACAAUCACGCUUUUUGGCGAGGUCGAAUACGGUAUUAGUCACUCAGUCAGACGAUGUUGCGAGCGUCCGAAGAGUGUCGUCACAAACUACAGUCAUGGUCAAUAACUUACCGCAGGAGAUCAGAGGCAACGAUCGAUUACCCUCCAUAACCGUCGAGGAGGUGGAUCAGGGAGGUCCCUCAGGCAACAGGUCUCUCUCCUACACCAACCCCACAGACUGUCUCUCACCAGGUCUUGACGACAGCUCGGAAAGUCAACACUAUUUCACGAAUUUGAAGAGGGGCAGGUGUAGGGGUCGAAUGCAUAAGUCACACAUCAAGGUGAAGUACACGAAGGUUUACGGUGAGAGUGACGGAGCCUACAGGAAUGACUCAACACCUAGAGGUCUGGUGUUCUUGUGUAACUUCUCUAAGUUUGAUAAAUAUCCUGAUCGAGAAGGUUCUGAGAGAGACUACGAGAACCUGUUAAACCUCUUCCAGCAGAUGGGUUACGGCUACACCCACCGCAGGAACAGGUACUGUCAGACUGGCAACAUCACCAAGAAAGAAUUUAUGGAAAAGCUUUUAGCCUUCAGUAAUGAGAAGAAACAUCAAAUGUUUUGCUCAUGUGUCAUCAUCAUCAUGAGUCACGGCUCAGGACCAAAGACCUUCAUCACCUCAGACGACCAAGAGGUGGAUCUGAUGGACGUGUACAGCAUCUUCGACAACAUCCACUGUGAAGCUUUACGAGGGAAGCCAAAGAUAUUUAUCCUGCAGUUCUGUCGCAACAUCCCGGACGUUAAGUUGGACCAACGAACCAGGAAAUUACUAAUGACUGAACCGAUUCCUAAUGACCUCUUGAGGAUGAUCAUUCGUGAGGAGGUCGAAAGACUUCUCCAGAGUAGACCCGCCCACCACCAACACCCCCACGAUGGAAAGAACACGCCAAUGGACACCGGCCCUACAAGUCCCAUUUACCUGGCGAUUGAGCGCCUAAGCAGAAAUCCCUCUUUUUCAUCUCUCUCUUCCCUCAUAGACCCCACAACGUCUCAGGUCACGGACACACAUGAUACAAAAGGUCACAUUAACAGUGACUCCUACCACAGCGACACCCGGAACGUUCCCUCGACGCCAAAGGAAGGUGUUCAGAGAUACUCAGAUAUGUACUCUAUCUUCUCCACGUCUCCAGGAGAACUAUCUCACCGGGACCCUCAUAAAGGUUCUCUCCUCAUUCAGGCGAUCUGUCACGUCUUCGCAGAGUUCGCAUACCAGGACGAUAUCGACACCCUGGUGAGGAAAGUGUCCACAUAUAUGACGAAGACACUGCAGAAGGAUGACCCCAUUACUGUACCUCGCCAGACCUGUGAGAGGACCAACAAUGGUCUCGAUAAAUGCUUCUAUUUUAACCCUGUGGAAAUACCUUACUGCAGACACGUCACCAUCUGAUCCAGAAGAGGAUUGAUCCGGGCAACAUUCUUCACUAAACUGACCUAUAAAUGACUGACAGGGAGGCUAGACUCAUCCACCGCAGGUUCAACCAACACCAGGCGUCCACAUUACGUCUCCUCUGUGUUAAUACCCAAGAAAUUAUCUAAGGAAGCCAAGAAAAAUUCAUCACCACAACUAUUUAUAACGAACAUAAGCCAUCAAGUCACACCAAGAGCUGGAGGAGUUAGUACCUGAGUCUGAAACAUUACCUGUAAUCAGUAGAUUCUUAGGAAGGUGAAGGUUGGCAGUUCUAUUGUUUCUUAGGUAAUAUUUAACACCAGGUUAGUAUGUAAGACUUAACAGGUGUGUAAACUUACCCAAAUCAUUGAAUAUUUACUCUUUGAAGACGAUAGUUUACCUUACCAUACUCCAAGCUAUCAUACUCAAGGCGUUACUCCAAGCUAUCAUACUCAAGGCGUUACUCCAAGCUAUCAUACUCAAGGCGUUACUCCAAGCUAUCAUACUCAAGGCGUUACUCCAAGCUAUCAUACUCAAGGUGUUACUCCAAGCUAUCAUACUCAAGGUGUUACUCCAAUCUAUCAUAUUCAAGGUGUUACUCCAAGCUAUCAUAUUCAAGGUGUUACUCCAAGCUAUCAUAUUCAAGGUGUUACUCCAAGCUAUCAUAUUCAAGGUGUUACUCCAAGCUAUCAUAUUCAAGGUGUUACUCCAAGCUAUCAUAUUCAAGGUGUUACUCCAAGCUAUCAUAUUCAAGGUGUUACUCCAAGCUAUCAUAUUCAAGGUGUUACUCCAAGCUAUCAUCCUCGAAGCAUUAAACCAUCAUCCUUAAAGUUUUUAUACUAAACUUAAACUAAACUAUAAAAAAAAACUAAAGUAAAAAUAAAUAUAGUUAGACAUAUCUUUAGGUUGAGGGGAGAAAUAUGUAUGAACAGUAGAUGUAUGAGAAUGAUACAUAGAAGGAAUUAGAAUGAUAUGUGAUAAUUAGAAUUGUUUUAUUGCUUACAUGUAUAUAUACCUUAUUUAUUUCUUCCCUUAUUCUUCCUCUUUAUCUUAUUCUUAUACUUCUUUUUCUUUUAAUUUUCCU